AUGGGGAAAACGAAAAUAAGGGGAAAACGCAAAUAUGGGGAAAACGCAAAUAUGGGGAAAACGCAAAUAUGGGGAAAACGCAAAUAUGGCGAAAACGCAAAUAUGGCAAAAACGCAAAUAUGGCAAAAACGCAAAUACAGCAAAAACGCAAAAAUGGCAAAAACGCAAAUAUGGCGAAUACGAAAAUAUGGGGAAGAUGCAAAUAUGGGGAAAACGCAAAUUUGGGGAAAACGCAAAUAUGGGGAAAACGCAGAUAUGGGGAAAACGCAGAUAUGGGGAAAAUGCAGAUAUGGGGAAAAUGCAGAUAUGGGGAAAACGCAAAUAUGGGGAAAACGCAAAUAUGGGGAAAACGCAAAUAUGGCAAAAACGCAAAUAUGGGGAAAACGCAAAUAUGGGGAAAACGCAAAUAUGGGGAAAACGCAAAUAUGGCGAAAACGCAAAUAUGGAAAAAACGCAAAUAUGUCAAAAAUGCAAAUAUGGCAAAAACGAAAAUAUGGCAAAAACGAAAAUGUGGCAAAAAUGAAAUUGUGGCAUAAACGAAAAUAUGGCAAAACCGAAAAUGUGGCAAAAACGAAAAUCUAG